CCGGUGGCUCGGUGCCUGGUUUGAACAGUGUUUCUGGGGCGUUUCGCAGUGCCGGGGAUAUCGUGUAAAAGUACCGGCUGCUGUAGCAGCGGCCGGAACCCAGGCUUGAGGGAGGAUUGAGUGAGCUCUGCUCAGCUCAGCUCUGAUUUGCUCGGUGCAGGGAGGAGGAGGAGGAGGGCUGGCCGUGUGUACCUGACGCUCGCCCGGCUUGUUGUGGCAACUGUCCCGCCCCGAAAGCUGAGCCUGGCCGCUUUCCAUCCGCUCCCGGCCAGAGGAGGGACGAUCGCCGGCCGCUCCCCGCUCUCCAGGGCCGCUCGCCCCCACCCCAUCCCCGGGGCAAACCCCGCUGGGUCCACGACGUGUCCAGGACAAUACCUUAUGGCAAUACAUUCUUUAAUAACAUUCUCCUGCGGAUGAUGUUUGCUGUCGUAUUUUGGACAUCUGGGGAUGAUGCACCCUGCAGCAUCACGGACCACUUGUGAAUUUGUGCUCGAUAAUCGUACAGACCUCUGGUGGGAAUGUAUUCUACAAAGGCUCCCGAAAGGAAAACCAUCAGCAAAACCUGAACCAACAAAACAUGACAGGCGACAUCUUGUGAAUUGAAACACUAAAUCGAGGAGCUGAAGGGCCCACAGAAAGCUAAAGUUUGGUUGCCUGGCCUCGUCAUUUGGUUGUGUCCUGGGAUUGAAUUGAAAACCGCCCCUGGCCGUCUGCCUCAUGCACACACACAGUGUAAUGGCCAGUCCGCAGGAGGGCCUGAUCUGGUCACCCCCCUCUAACCUCAUCAACCAGAACCUGAAGGAAGAGCUGGGGACCUCGGGGCAACGGGCCAAGCUGCCGGUCAGAGAUGUGGACCACAAGCCGGCCUACUCACCGCCCGAGAUCCUGGACAACCUGCAGGAGAGGGGGCCACCCCAGGCGGACAAUAGCCACUGCUCCAAUUCCAACCACCCCGUCACUGUCACCGUGCUUGCCAGCCUCAGCGAGGACUCCCGGGACCAGUUUGAGAACAGUGUGCUGCAACUGAGGGAACAUGAGGAAUCUGGGCCCACCCAAGCUGCCGAGGAUGGGAAUGGGAACGGGAAUCGGGGGGGUGGCAACGAUGGUGAUCACAGCAGACCGGAUGAGAUGAAGAUGCAUUAUAACCGUUCUGGUUCAGGUUCGGGCACUGGAUCAGGCGGAUUCCUGGAGGGGCUAUUUGGCUGCUUAAGGCCAGUGUGGAACAUCAUAGGAAAAGCCUACUCCACGGAGUAUAAACUGCAACAGCAAGAUUCCUGGGAGGUGCCGUUUGAGGAGAUCUCGGAGCUGCAGUGGCUCGGCAGUGGAGCUCAGGGAGCUGUGUUUUUGGGCAAAUUCCGAGGUGAAGACGUGGCCAUUAAAAAAGUGCGGGAACAGAAGGAGACAGACAUCAAACCCCUGAGGAAGCUAAAGCACCCGAACAUCAUAGCAUUCAAGGGUGUGUGCACCCAGGCCCCGUGUUACUGCAUUAUUAUGGAGUAUUGCGCCCAUGGGCAGCUCUACGAGGUUCUGCGGGCAGGACGGAAGAUCAGUCCCCGGCUGCUGGUCGAUUGGUCCUCGGGAAUCGCAAGUGGCAUGAACUACCUGCACCUCCACAAAAUCAUCCACAGGGACCUGAAAUCACCCAAUGUGCUAGUUACCCACGAUGAUACUGUGAAGAUCUCCGACUUUGGCACUUCCAAGGAGCUGAGCGACAAGAGCACAAAGAUGUCCUUCGCUGGCACGGUGGCCUGGAUGGCCCCCGAGGUGAUUCGCAAUGAACCUGUCUCUGAGAAGGUGGACAUUUGGUCAUUUGGUGUGGUGCUGUGGGAGCUACUGACCGGGGAGGUGCCCUACAAGGAUGUGGAUUCUUCCGCUAUCAUCUGGGGUGUGGGCAGCAACAGCUUGCACCUGCCUGUCCCUUCCACGUGUCCCGACGGGUUCAAAAUCCUCAUGAAGCAAACGUGGCACAGUAAACCUCGCAACCGACCAUCCUUCCGCCAGAUCCUUCUCCACCUGGACAUCGCGUCAGCUGAUGUUCUGGGAACCCCUCAGGAGACCUACUUUAAAUCCCAGGCUGAAUGGAGAGAAGAAGUGAAAAAGCAUUUUGAAAAGAUAAAGAGUGAAGGAACAUGCAUCCAUCGGUUAGAUGAAGAAUUAAUCAGACGGAGGAGGGAGGAGCUGAGGCACGCACUGGACAUCAGAGAGCAUUAUGAAAGGAAACUGGAACGAGCCAACAAUCUCUACAUGGAACUCAGUGCCAUCAUGCUGCAGCUGGAGAUCAGAGAGAAAGAACUCAUAAAACGUGAACAAGCUGUAGAGAAGAAGUACCCAGGAAUGUACAAGCGUCACCUGGUCAGGCCAAUAAUUCGCACUAAUGCCGUAGAGAAAUUGAUCAAGAAGAAGGCAUCAAACCACAAGCCUGGAGCCCAGGGGAAGCGACCCGACCUCCUGAGGUCAGAUGGCAUUGUGCCGAGUGUGGAGUUGGGCCAAUCGCACUCGCCUGUUACCGGCAGCCCCAAGGUGUCCACGCCACCGGGGAAGGCGAGAUACCGCAGCAAGCAGCGGCACCGCCGCGGCAACAGCAAGGGGAGCCACCAGGAGUUUGCAGGAUUCCUGCGGGCCAUCGCGGGCCCGAAGCAGUGCUCCCUCCACCACCAGCACCGCCUGGGUGACCCGGCCAACUGUGUGCACAGUCUGAAGUAUUUUGGGCCAGCGGCGGCCCUGAGGAGCCCCCACACCGACCGCCUGCAGCUGAAGAUAUCCGACUCCAGCCCAGACCUCAUCUCCACCACGCUGGCUGUGAGCCACCGCAGGAGCUCGGAGAACGGCGAGCUGCCGGACUGCGGGCACGGAGCCUCCUGUCGGGACUGUCGAGAGCGUAAGGGCAACGCCAGAGAUGAAAGACUGUCCAACGGAUACAAGGUGGGACCAGCCGCACCAGGCUUCUCCCUGUCUCCAGCACACAAUCCCAUGGCUCAUUACGAGAACCCUCGGUUUCAGGAGAACAUCAGGCCUUCGGAGGAGAAGCAGCCGGAAAUGUCCAAGGCAGGGUCUUCCUUGAGCACCCCUCUGCACCUCACCACACCCACACUACCUCGCAAGCUGAGAGUCCUCAGGAAGGAGAACGGAGACGACUCCUCGGAAGAAGAGGAGGGAGAAGUGGACAGUGAGGUGGAGUUUCCCCGCAGACAGAGGCCUCACCGUUGCAUGAGCAGCUGCCAGUCGUAUUCCACCUUCAGCUCGGAAAACUUCUCGGUAUCGGAUGGAGAGGAGGGCAACACUAGUGACCACUCACACAGCGGCACCCCUGACGGGCUCAGCAAUAACAACGAGGAGCACAUGGAGGACAAGCUGGAGGACAUGCUGUCGCACACUCCAGAAAUCCCUAUCGAGAUAUCCACGCAGUCCGAUGGACUGUCUGACAAGGAGUCAGCAGUGCGCAGGGUGAAGACUCAGAUAUCACUGGGGAAAUUGUGUGCAGAAGAGCAUUGCCACGAGAACGCCGCACACUUUGGAGAAUCGGACUGUGACUCUUCGGAGGCCGAGUGCUCCGACUCCACCGUGCGCCGAGGGAAAGCCUGCAACUCGUCCACCUGGUGAGGACCGCCACAGGCAGGGCCUGCUGCCUGGGGAGUGCGGAAAGGCAAAAUAAAACGUAAAGUCGAGCAAAACUUCCCAUGGGAACAAACUGCAAUAACUCAAAGACUUGGAGACUCUUCGAUGUUCUGCAGCAAGUUGUGAUGAAGUGAUUGUAGAGUUCACCACCAUUUCAAUCAAGUAUGGCAGGGAUCCACUUUGUUGAAUAAUGUAGCUAGUGUAACAUUAACAAUUUAUUUUUGUUUGACUCUUCAUACUGUAUAAAUAUCAAGUACUUAAGAAACAAGGGGGUGCAAGGAAGAUGGACAAGGCAUCGCUAGUCUUAAUCGUUUUAUUGCAUGGAGCCUAAGGCUCAGGGCAAAGAUGACGGACCAACAUUAACCUGCACCACUGCUUCAGCUGGAGACUAACUGAUGUAACAGGGUAAAGACAGACCAAACUGGGUCAUGGCUCACACAAGGAUCCUGUGGUCCUGGUGCUCAAGGAGGCAGACAGAACAUUGAAGUUUCACACUUCAGCUUAAUGAAUGCCAGCCAACUCAAACCAAUGGCAGAUGUACACUGAGAUUGGAUGGAGUAGAACACCAAAGUACACUGUGGCUUCUAGGGGACACAAUCCUAAACAGCAGCAUUCCUGGGUAUUGUUAUUAGGAGAGGUGGGGAGUGGUAAUGAGCAGACAGUGUUUAUGAGGGACUAAUGAUCCAGCAACUGUGUGGGCCAGUAGGCAGACUAUUGAUCUGACCAUGGGUUCUCACUGUGAGGCAUGGCAUCGCCAAACUGCUGAUACCUCCACACAGGAGGAUUUUAAUUGACAUUCACAACAAAAGCAAGACAGGACGAUUUGAAAAUAGGAGACUAUUCCCUCCUUUAACCAGAGCUGCAUCUCAUCUAUCUCCCCCCAAGAGAAAAUUCCAAAUGUUUUAUCGUCCCCGUGAUUCUGGGGUAUGUGCUCCUGAUUUCCAUCAUGCAUCAGUGGGGGAAAAGCAUUUCUACCUUUUGAAAAUUUUAAAAGAAAUACAUCAAAAGCUGGAAAUGCUCUGCAUUCCAUGCUGGGUCCAUGGGGAAACAAAGUCAUUUGGUUGCUUUUUCACCAGGACUGAGGAGAAGCGUGACACUGAGAUAUUGCCCCAUUGAAACCUGGACUUACAGUGCCCUCCAUAACGUGUGGGAAAAGCACCCAUCAUAUAUUUAUUUGUCUCUGUACUCCACAAUUUGAGAUUUGGAAUAGAAAAAAUCACAUGUGGUUAAAGUACAUAUUGUCAGGUUUUAAUAAAGGCAAUUUUUAUACAUUUUGGUUUCACCAUGUAGAAAUUACAGCAGUGUUUAUACAUAGUCCCCCCAUUUCAGGGCACCAUGAUGUUUGGGACACAGCAAUGUAAUGUAAAUGAAAGUAGUCAUGUUUAGUAUUUUGUUGCAUAUCCUUUGCAUGCAAUGACUGCUUGAAGAAUAAGAUUCAUGGACAUCACCAGUUGCUGGGUGUCUUCUCUGGUGAUGCACUGACAGGCCUGUAUUGUAGCCAUCUUUAGCUUAUGCUUGUUUAGGGGGCUAGUCCCCUUCAGUUUUCGUCGUCAGCAAAUAAACAGCAUGCUCAAUUGGGUUCAGAUCGGGUGAUUGACUUGGCCACUCAAGAAUUGACCAUUUUUUAGCUUUGAAAAACUCUUUUGUUGCUUUAGCAGUAUGUUUGGGAUCAUUGUCUUGCUGUAGAAUGAACCGCCAGCCAAUGAGUUUUGAGGCACUUGUUUGAACUUGAGCAGAUAGGAUGUGUCUAUACACUUCAGAAUUCAUUACGCUACUACCAUCAGCAGUUGUAUCAUCAAUGAAGAUAAGUGAGCCAGUACCUUCAGCAGCCAUACAUGCCCAGGCCAUAAUACCCCCACCACCGUGUUUCACAGAUGAGGUGGUAUGCUUUGGAUCUUGGGCAGUCCCUUCUCUCCACCAUACUUUGCUCUUGCCAUAACUCUGAUAUUAGUUAAUCUUCAUCUUAUCUGUCCACAAGACCUUUUUCCAGAACUGUGGUUGCUCUUUUAAGUACUUCUUAGCAAACUGUAACCUGGCCAUCCUAUUUUUGUGGCUAACCAGUGGUUUGCAUCUUGCUGUGUAGCCUCUGUAUUUCUGUUCAUGAAGUCUUCUGCGGACAGUGGUCAUUGACAAAUCCACACUUGAAGAGUGUUUCUGAUCUAUCGGAGAGAUGUUUGGAGAUUUUUUUUUAUUAUAGAGAGAAUUCUUUUGUCAUCAGCUGUGGAGGACUUCCUUGGCCUGUCAGUUUCUUUGCAUUUAGUAAGCUCACCAGUGAUCUCUUUCUUCUUAAUGAUGUUCCAAACAGUUGAUUUUGGAAAGCCAAAGGUUUGGCUGAUGUCUCUAACAGUUGUAUUAUUGUUUCUCAGUCUCAUAAUGGCUUCUUUGACUUUCAUUGGCACAACUUUGGUCCUCAUGUUGAUAAACAGCAAUAAAAGUUUCCAAAGGUGAUGGAAAGACUAGGUGCUGAGAGCUCCCUUAUACCUGCAUUAAGGAGGCAAUUAAACACACCUGAGAAAUUACAAACACCUGUGAAGCCCAAACAUUAUGGUGCCCUGAAAUGGGGGCGACUAUGUAUAAACACUGCUGUAAUUUCUACAUGGUGAAACCAGAAUGCAUGAAAAUACUCUUUAAUAAAAUCUGACAAUGCGUACUUUAACCACCUGUUUUUUUCUGUUACAAAUCUCAUUGUGGAGUACAGAGGCAAAUAAAAAAUGUCUCAAACAUUAUGGAGGGCACUGUAUUCCAUCUGAAUAUUUUUGCUUGAAUGACAGCAAACCUUUGUGGCCAACCAUAAUUGGGACAGGACAUUCCAGUAUAUUAGGCUCUCCCCAUAUCUCUCGGUGACCUGCAUUCAAAUUCAGCUCACAACAAUGGGGCAAAGUCUGCUCCAGCGAGCAUGAAUGUUUGUCAGAUCUUGGCCUCUUUCUUACAGGGCAUGUAGUUUUCCUCAGAAGACCAGCAGUGAGUGUCCUCUGACAGAAUAGGUGGUCGGCAUGGGGAAAAUAGUGCAACAUCACACCCCCUGGAGGACAGUACUGAAUCUGUGAUGGGCCUAGAUCGGGUGGUGGGUUAGUUGUAGAGGGAGCUUUACUAGGUGUCAAACCCAUGUUGACGCUAUCCUUGGGAUACCAGGGAAAUGUAGGAGCUUCACUCUUUGUCUAAACCUUGCCCUGGGAGUGUCUGCUGGGACACUGUUGCUGGAGUGUUAUUCCAUGCCCAGACCUUGCUGUUAAUUAUGCUGAGAAAUAUUUCCCCAGAUGCUGUCCCCUCCCUCAUCUUCCAGUCCUCCUCAAAUUGUAAAAAAUGAUGUUCUAGGUGAGGACACUGGAGUGAACAGAACUCUUUAUCCCCUCCCCCCCCCUCUCUCUCUCUCUCUCUCUCUACUUUCCUAAGAACAUGUCCUGAAAGCAUGGCAAGCACCAUAGACAUGGUCAGCAUCACAGUCUCCCUUCUUACACCCAGACAAGGGAGGUCAGGCUGGGAUUAAGGGUAAGACUCUGAACUAAAGUGACCAUCGAAUGGGCUCCUGCAUCAAACACCUUCAUUCAUGCAUAUACUAUUGUUAUGCUGGUGGCUGCAAUAUCAGUUGCUGUUUAGCACAGGGCUGCAGUCCUGCAAGAUCCUCUCCAACUUUGGUGUCCAUCUGUCAUUGACUGAUGUUAGCGCCAUCAGGCCCACGGCAUAAGGACUUUCCCUUCAUCCUUUUGUUCAGUGUGGGUAUGCCAGCCUUUGCAGUAUCGGACCGAACGUCAAUCAUUCCGCCGGGAAGCUGAACCGGAAGACCGCAGCUGAGAUUUCCAGCCGCAGCUUGCCAGCUACUGGAGACGGCAACAUUAUGUUUCUGUUACAGGUGGGAGAAAUGCAAGACGUAAACCUGGCUUUUCCACCAGAUGAAAUGAACUGUUAUAAACUGAAGGUGCAUUGUUGAGUGUGAGAUACUUCACAGUAUCAGCACAGGCCUCAUUUUGCUGUAUCAGUGCGGGAUAUUUAGCUGUACGGUGCGGGAUAUCUGACUGUAUCAGUGCGGGAUACCAUGUUAUGAUGUGCAAAUGUUGAAACCUCCGGAGAUGGAGAGUCCCUUUCAGGCUUUUACACUGCUAAUCAUCUUCCUAUUUUGAUCACGUAUUAUUUUGAUCCCUGACAUUUAGCGGACUAAAGCAGUGGGUAACUCUGAGAGGCCCAACAAUGAGCACAGGCCAACAGGUUGUAGGAACAGUUCUGCCUGGUGUAUCAAGCGAUGAGCCCUUGGAUGAGACCAAGAGAAUUCCCAGGUGGAGCUUCUCUGGAAUGCUCCAGUAGGAGAAUAUUCUGUCUGUGUCAACCCAUAACUGGAGAAAGACCACUUGGAUGAGGUUCCCAGGGAUACCUUGUUCCUUUGAAAUAAUUAUUCUGGAUGAUAAGCAAGCAGGAGGAGGUUGCUGACGUAGAGUGAUGUCCCUUGUAAUUCUACAACAGGCGGUCCACAGCCCUUGAAUAUCCACAACCCCGAGUUUCCACACUUGCUCACCCUGUGGGUCGCUGCUAACCCAGUCGCACACCUAGUCCAGAGGGUGCCAUGUACUUCUCUCCUGAGUCUGCCAGGGUCAUUCCCCUAGACACAAAAUGCUGGAGUAACUCAGCAGUUCAGGCAGCAUCUCUGGAGAGAAGGAAUGGGUGAUGUUUCGGGUCAAGACCCUGCUUCAGACUGUCAUUCACCCUACGUCAUGAGUUUAAAGAUCUGUUAUCCUCACACAUGGGAUUCAGGACAACAGCAGAUUCACGGUAAAACCCAGACUGGGUUCCACCAGAAACUGAGUGCUGAGGUCAGAUCCAGGCAGCACUGUAUAUCACAUAUAAAUGAACAUAUCGAUCAGCUUGUACCCUGCUGAACAUCUUACAUAUAAACCGCCCAAUUUCCUCGCCACUCACCCUGACAAUAUUCAAAUGUAACUCAGCCCUGCGUAUUUAUUAUUCUGUAUCUAAACUAUGUGAAACCUGUGUCCUACAACUUUCCUCUUCGUGUCAAUGUUGAUUACGUGGAAGAUGUUUCUCAUUAAUACCUCUGAGGUGCUUGGCUGCAUAUUUACUGAUAGCUGUUGGGUUUCACAAACAAUCCAAACCACCAAUUCUAGGAAAAGCCCAUUGAUUCCUCAACAAACCACUGCUGGGGCUUGUUAACGCACACUGUGCGAAUGACUGGAGUCGUUGUGAGUGAAGGACAACAAAAGGCCAUGCACUGUAAGCAGCAAAGCACAUGGCAACUCGCUCGAUACCAGCACAUGCGGCCAGGCUGCACAGGAAGAUGCCAUUUUGCUCUUUGUGCCUCAUCAAUUGGUUCCAUGCACCUGAACCUUCCCUCAUAGCCGUGCAAGUUUCUUUUUCCCUCAAAUAUUUAUUCAGUACACUUCUAAAAGAUGAGAUACAUGUGGGUGAACUACCCAAACUGGCAGUGUUAGAAAAGCCUGAAUCGGAUAUUCUGGAUGGUUUUGCUCUUUCCAAAUAUAAUAUAUAAUUGCUCCUUUCAUAUUUGUUUAUAAGGCUGUGGAAGUGUAGACUAAUCAUUCUCUCACAAAUUUUAGCACCAGUGCAGUUAUACAAUGGGUCACUAAUGCAAAAUCAGUAUCAGAUCAUUUUAAAUUAUUCCUUUUGGUUCUGUAGCUGGACUACAUCAGAUUUAACUUAUCGCUGUGGUUUUAAUUGUGUUUUUUUUUCUGUAGAUCAGAAUUUUGUUUCCUCCCAGAAGGAUUUUAAUUGUGUUUCUCUGUUUUUGGCUGCCAUUGUAAUUGAGCAUCCUCGAGUGGAUGGCAUCAAACUGUGGCAGGGACUGAAGUGAUGGAAGGUGGCAGAGGCUCCGAACCAGAGGCAAAGCUAGCUGUUAGAAAUAUGUCGAGUGCUUUCUCUCAAUCGGUGAGCAUUGCACAGGUAGGAUAGCUUUUCAUGGGCACACUGGAUUUAAAGGUGAAUGUUGCCGCAAACUGCAGCGUAAGCCCUGGAGCCCUGAGGUUUACUGCAGUGUUGUGCUGCACUUGCGUCCCAGCACAUACCUCAUUUUCAACUGGUCUGCAUCUCUUCCAGGUAAUUUUGAAGAACGAUACUGCUUGACUUGUUGGUUGUGAAGAUGAAGGAAUCCCAAUUGCAGCUUAUGCAGCCCCAGUGAUCCUGUCACAGGACAACCAACAUCCAUCACAUUCAGGCUCCCAUUGUCAGCUGACCAAGGUGUCCAUCCUCAGGUCAACCCUGCCUUCCUGGGUCACUCAAUAGCAAACCCAUUCUUCACCACCUCCAAUACACACAAAAAAAAACAGUAUUUUAAAACCUACU